AUGGAGUUUUUCGAGGGAGCGAGCACAGUCCGCCUGCGAAGCAUCCACAACACGUACCUUGUGGCGGACGAAUACUCGCAGCACGUGAGGCUCGAUCGAGACGGCUCCUGUAGCGGUGCCCGGUGGACCGUCGAGAUCUUCACCUACAUUGGCGACCGGCGCCGGCUCCGCCUUAGGAGCUUCUACGGCCGCUACCUCGCUGCUCACCGCACGGAGACCGCCUUCCUCAACCUCACCGGCAAGAAGGUGUUCCAGGAGGCGCCCCUUUGCUUCGGCCCUCGCGUCAACUGGCUGCCGCUCCGCGACGGCUGCCGCGUCCGGCUCAAGUGCGUCUUCGACCAGUUCCUCCGGGCCAAGGCUUCUGUGGGACGUCGAAUUACUCGAGACGCCGGCGUUCCCCUACACCCGAUAUUGGAUUCUGUGGGACGUCGAAUUACUCGAGACGCCGGCACACCCGCCGGUCUCCCCGGUUCACAUAUGCGGCGGUGCCUCCUACUCCUCCUCCACAGUGGCCAGCGACGCAGCUGCUGCCUCCUCCAUCGUACGCAUUCCAUUCUGCUUCUUGGAUCUUGGAUGUUCUCGACUGCCAUUUAUCGUGUGACUAUCCAAUACAAGGUAGCAGAUGAUGCUGGUAACGUGGACGAGAGCAGUGGCCGGCGAACGUUGACUUUUGCUGCUGGAGGGAGCAUCGGCAUGCUGAAGAGGAGGCUGCAGGAGGAAACAGGGCUGGUCAACAUCUACGUGUGCGGUCGGAGUCCAACGGACGGCAGCCUCGUUCCGAUCAAUCUUCCGCCGCCACCUGAUUGCCCCCACACUCAGGUCGUGGUGGUGAAGGCCAACUCAACGGCUGCAAGGAACUUGAAGAAUAGAUAUGAACAGCGCUAG